AAAGCGAUUAUUUGCUAUAAAGUCGAUAAAAAGUGUAAAGAAUAUUGAAUAUGUCAUCGUGGAGAUGUACGUGGAAGAGUGGCGGUAGUCGGCAGCCGCGAGCGCUGGCACGUUGAGAUGGCGAGCACGCAGUCACGGGGCGGGGGGCCUCUCGCUCGCCUCCUAGUGUUAGCAGUGCUUCACGUCAAUUUUAUUGCCCUAGGUCUGGAGCCGGACUUCUUGUAUCCCCUGGAGAACGUGACAAUCGCGCAGGGGAGAGACGCAAUGUUUACAUGCGUAGUCAAUAACCUGGGCGGUUACAGGGUUGCGUGGAUCAAAGCGGACACAAAGGCGAUCCUGGCGAUACACGAGCACGUUAUCACAAACAAUGCUAGGCUGAGCGUGACUCACAACGACUACAACACGUGGACUCUCAACAUAAGAGGCGUGAAGAGGGAGGACAGGGGACAAUACAUGUGCCAAGUAAACACAGAUCCGAUGAAAAUGCAGACGGCAUUUUUGGAGGUAGUAAUACCACCAGAUAUAAUAUAUGAGGAGACAUCUGGAGACAUGAUGGUGCCAGAAGGUGGUUCAGCAAAGCUGGUGUGCAAGGCACGCGGCUAUCCUCCGCCGAAGAUCCUGUGGCGUAGGGAAGACGGAGGUGACAUUAUCUCGAGAAGCGGUCCCCAAGGAAAAACAAAAGUUACGUCACUAGAGGGCGACGUGGUGAAUCUGACGAAGGUGACGCGGUCAGAGAUGGGCGCGUACCUGUGCAUAGCGGCCAACGGAGUGCCGCCCUCUGUCAGCAAGCGGAUCAUGCUACACGUACACUUCCACCCGUUAGUGCAAGUGCCGAAUCAGCUGGUGGGCGCGCCGACGGCCACCGACGUGACUCUCCAGUGCCACGUUGAAGCCUCGCCUAAGGCCAUCAACUAUUGGACCCGGGAGAACGGUGAAAUGAUAAUUUCGAACGAUAAGUACCAAAUGACAGAGAUCCCGAGCUCUUCGUACAGCGUGCAGAUGCGACUUGUCAUCAGAAACAUACAGCGCAGCGACCUUGGCGGGUACAAGUGCAUCUCUAAGAACUCUAUUGGAGAUGCUGAAGGGAACAUCAGACUAUACGAAAUGGAGCUGCCGCAUCGAAAAUCGAGAAUCGAGGAAGAGAAUGAUACUGCGUCAGAGGAAAGCAACGAUGUACGAUCGAGUCUGCAGGGACCACUGCGAGAAGGCGGGAACCGCGUGGAAGAUGCCGGUUUCCUCGGCGGCGGGGGCCCUCCGGCAAGCACCGCGCGACGCGUCCUACCUACUGCAUUUUGUUUAAUAACUACCCUCAUGUAUACAGUGUGUUAA